GACUGAGCGAGAUCCACACAGGGAGACCCAGCUUGGCCGUCUGCAGCUUUGCCCACAAACACACAGCCAGCCCCAGAACCCACCAUCAGUCAACCUAACAGCCAGCCACCAUGAUUGUUCUAAUGGACAUGCAGAUGAUGAUGCUGGAUGUGAUUUACUUCAUCUUGCGCGGGUGCUUACGGAUCGUCAUGAGGCCGCGCACCAAGGACAUCAGUGGGGAGCUGGUGCUCAUCACCGGAGCCGGGGGUGGCCUGGGGCGCCUCUUCGCCCUGCAGUUUGUCCGUGAAGGGGCCGAGGUCGUGCUGUGGGACAUGAACGCCGAGACCAACGAGGCGACGGCCAAGCUGGUGCGUGAGGCUGGUGGCAAGGCCCACACAUACACGGUGGACGUGACCGACCGAGAUACAGUGUACAAGGUGGCCGAUCUUGUCAGGAAGGACCUGGGCAGGGAUGUCACAUUUCUGAUUAACAAUGCUGGCGUGGUGGCAGGGCACCGUCUUUUGGACUGCCCAGAUGACAUGGUGGAGAGGACACUGAAGGUCAACUGCCAUGCCCACUUCUGGACGGUGAAGGCAUUCCUGCCACAGAUGAAGGCUAAUAACCAUGGCCACAUCGUCACUGUGGCCAGUGUCCUGGGUCUGUUUGCUACUGCCUGUGUGGAGGAUUACUGUGCCAGUAAGUUUGCAGCUGUCGGGUUCCAUGAGUCUUUGACCCACGAGCUCCUGACAGAGGAAGAGUGUGACGGCAUAAAGACCACACUGGUCUGUCCCUACCUGAUAGACAAUGACAUGUUUGAAGGCUGCAAGAUAAGGGAGGAAGCAGAAUUGUUUCUGUCGGCUCAGGAUCCUGUUUACGUAGUCCAGCAGGCGAUGAAUGCGAUUCUUAUUGACCAACCACUUGUUUGCAUUCCAAGAUUGACUUACAUCCCCUACAUAGCUAAGGCGCUGCUUCCCUGGGAUGCAAACGUGGCAACCUAUCGCUUUGUAGGGUCUGACAAGAGCAUGUAUCCCUUUAUUGAGAAAAAGAACAAGACAGCCAUCAAGGCUGCAUAGACACCACACAGAAGCUGC